AUGAAUAACACAUCAAUCGAUCUCUGCAUCAACGGACUAAGGAAAGCCCGUUCAUUCAUCUACCUAGCUUCUUCUCGACUUCCAUCAAUGGCGUCCCUUCUUACAAUUCCAGUCACCCAUCUUCCAUCUAGACUCCCUUCCACUCAAUUCACCAUGGGUGGACAGAAACUCGUGAUCUUCAAAUCACAGAGAAGGUCAUUGCAGAUCUCCCACUGCUUCAAGACCACAGUUUCAUGCUCAGCCGCUGAACCAGAGACUCUGAAGAUAGUGCAGACCACCAUUGCCAAGCAAUUGUCAAUCGAUGAGACCACUGUUGCCCCAACAACCAAAUUCGUUGAUCUUGGUGCAGAUUCCCUUGACACCGUUGAGAUUUUAAUGGCUUUGGAAGAACAGUUUGGUGUGUCGAUUGGAGAAAGUGGAGCUGAGAACAUCUCCACAGUUCAAGACGCUGCUGACCUAAUUCAGAAAGUAAAAGCAGCCGAUGCUUAA